AUGCCGGACGAACUGAUUAGUACACUGUUUGAAGCCAUAACGACGGACGAUCAGCUGUCGUUGGAGCGGUGCCUCGAAACGGCCACCAUCGAGACCGUGCUGGAGUUCGAGAAACUCUACGGUGAGUCACCGGUGCACCUGUGUGUGAAACUGGCCGGUGAAAACUGUGUCCCGUUGGUGAAACGCCUCUUUGCGAGCGGCCUCGUCGACGGCGAUCUUUGUGAUGGCGGGGGCAAUCGGCUUCUCGAGUGUGCUUGGGCCUCCGGUGACCUUGAGCUCGUGAAGGAGUUGAUAAAAAUUCAAAUCGACGGUUUGGAUGACGCAACCGGUUGCUAUCGGAUGAUGAAAUGUGGUUCGCUGGAAGUGUUCCGGCUCUACCUCUCGCUGACGGGUUGGAACGAGCAGGACACGUUUCGGAGCGUAGCGAGCGCCCUGGUGCGGAUCAACGUGAAAAGCAUUGUCCUCCCUGAGGAGCUGCGUAUUUAUCUGCUGUGGCUGUUGUCUGAUUACGGUUAUCGUCAGCUGGCGGGCGAUUGGCAGGGCAAAAAAGAUCCCCAUGAAUGGAGGCGCCAGGUGGCCACCGUCGCUGAUUGCUGGCGUGUUGUGAAGGAAAAGUACGACACGCGGGCGUACGGCGAUGUCGACGAUGGUCUGCUACAUCGACUGGAAGUGAUCCACAAUCAUCUGUACUUUCUCAAACAUAAACGCUUCCUGCGCCAUUUGCCGCUCCAAGAAGCGGUGUUCUGCGUGGCGAUCUUUAUUUCCGCCUACCGGAGCGCCUCGCAGUUUCACGAGUACCGGCUGGUGGUGAACAAAUGCUUCGUGAUAGACGUCCUGCGGAUGGUGUGCCGUCAGCUGAAAGCGGUAGAAAGGCAUCUCGUGGCGACGGAAACCGAACUGAUCGCGCUGCUUAAUCAGCACGACCCGCUAGGCACCCCCGCCGGAAAAGAUCGGUUGAUCGCGACGAUUCGCGAGCGUGUUCCGCACCUGGGAAACGCACAAAACUUGGUCAACCGAUUGGUCUCGGGAAGGAAGAAGGGCCAAUCGGUUGAGACCACGGUAGCUGAGGCCAUUUCGGAUGAAACAGUUGACCUGGGGCACCUGCUAACGUUCACCGAUCGUCGUGUGGUGCGGAUGCUGCAGAAACGGUACGUCCGAACGAAACAACUUUACUCCCUGUUCAAGAUGGCGUUCUACUGUAACCAAAUUCCGGCUCUGGAAAACGUCGAUCCUCCCGUCCGGACGGCCUGUAUGAAACGUGUGGUGCAAGUUUUCGGAGAAACGGUGAAAAACACGAAAAACAGUCCGAAUUUACCGGGCAAAGUGGAGCGAUCGAUGGGCAUCAUGCUGACACAGCUGUUCCCAACGAUCAGCAAGGAGCUGCGGGAGAUCCUGUCGCACAGUUUUUCGCUCAAAAAGCUCCUACUGGGUACGGAACAUGAGAGCAAGAUGUUCGAAACGGUCAGCAAUAACUUUUUGAUGGUGCGGGCCGUGUUUCAGUUGCUGUACGUCACCGUGAUCAUGGAGGUGCGGAAUGAGUUCUACGGCCAGCUGUACCGAUGCGGCACGAUCGAAAGCCUGCGAUCGCUGGUGCUGUACGCGGGGAACCAAGAAGGGUUGGCCGAGCGACAGCAAGCUUAUCUCGAGCAGGUCAAGAAGCACUUUGACGAAUUUAGAAAGCUUCUGACGGAACUGUCCACGGGUCCGGUCGGAAGUACGGCUCCGUUGGCGUUGCUUCAGCACCAACUGAAGGUAAAGGACAACAUCAUCAAGGAGGUGGAAAAGUUUGUCACCGAGAAUGAUGGAUUCUCGUACGGGGACGUAGCGAAAGCGUGCAUGGCCAGCUCGGAUCUGGCCAGCGUACGGCGCCUGCUGUCGUGGAAGCUUACCAUGCGCUGGGGAAACAAACUAUUUAGUAAAAUAUUUUCCUCCUGGAAGACGAACCACGUGGAAUCAAUGACGAUCGAGUGGAUGGACUGGCGUCUGGUGCGCUACAAUCCGUCCGUCACGGCUGGCAUCCUGAAGAUUGGCGCUACGGCGCUGCAAUCGGUCGAGGAAUUCGAUUACAUCGUGCAUACGCGACAAUUGACGGAGGAUAUUGGAAUCACCGAUCGUGUGGACCAUGAGGCACUGCAGCAGCUGAACAACCGCCUGAAACCGUACUACGAUAACAUCUUCUUUGUCGACAACAAGUGGAAAGUGUUGAAAGCGUUUUGUAAGGCUCAUCGGCUCGGCUGGAACGAGGAAAGCGCCAACCGGCUCGUCAAGCGCGAUCGGGAGCGUUUGCAGGAACGGUUUGAUGGCUGUCGCACGAAGCUACAAGAAAUCCUGGCGGCGAAUCACCUGCGCUCUGUUGACGAUCUGUCCCGGAAGCUAUAUGAUCUCCCACCGUACGUGCUGGCAACCGUCGAGUACUGCCAGCUCGAGCUGUGCGAGAUGCUGGUGGCGGUCGGGUACUUUGGGGACAGUUUUCACUACAUGAAGCACCGCAUCCCGAUGAUCCAGGGAACGAACUACCGCAACUGCCUGGCCCACGAUGCGCUCUCGUACAACCUCCUGACGGACAGCUCGAUGGAAAAGUUUGUGAUCAACGCGUUCGUGAUCGCCAACACCGAAAUUCGGCUGUUCGACAAGCGGAUAAAUCCAGCAACGCAACCGGAUGUGCUAGGGCCGAGCUUUCCAUCGGAGGUCGACACACACCGUUGGGUCGAGGAGCAGGAACAGUUGAUGGCCGCUUUUCGUGCUAACGACGUGCCCAAGAUACACGCCCUGGUGCGGGCUGGGAGUGAAAUAACGAGUCAGUUUUGUUGCUCGCCCAAUGAUGCGAGCGUCACGCGCAGUCUACAUCCACUGACCGCACUCGUCAACCCGUGCACCGCGAAACCCGCGAUCGUACAGUUUUUGGACAGAUACUAUAGCGGCUUUGCCGACACGUGCAACACACCAGCCCACCAGAUAGAGGUGGCGUUGCGAAUGUACGACUUCCAGUCGGCUUUCGAUCGUUCGAUCGGCGGCGGUGAUCGUCUGAUGCGUGAAGCCCUGUUCCGGUGGCCCGAACUGAUGGCCUCCGUACGACGGACGGACCUGUUCGUUCAUCUGUUGGCGGCAGCCAACCGGCAUCGGAUACUGUCGAAGUUAAUCGAGCACGGGAAUGAAACUAGCGUACGCGAGAUUCUACCGUUUUUCGAUCGGUUCCACGACACGGACGGACGAGGCCCAUUGGGUGACGCGAUGCUGUAUGGCGUCCGGCCGAUCGCCGAGAUGCUGCUGCCCCGAACACCCGUGCCACACGCUGCGACACUGGUGCUAGCGAUCAUGGUACAUUGGGACGACUUUUUCGCGCAGCUAUUGGACAAAGUUGAACUCGAUUCCGAUGCGUACGGAUUUCUGCUGAUAACGGCGGCGCAAGCUCAAAACUAUACCGCCACCGUGUACCUGCUGGAACAGGCAACGUACCGAAAGUACAUACCGGCUGUAUUCGAAGCAUGCGCCCGUAUGGCGGCCCGUAGGGGCCAGUUGCCAAUACUGCGGCACUUGCUGGAGUGUCACCCGGUAGCUAACCCGGUCGGACUCGCCACCGUUUUGCAAAUUGCUGCACUUAGAGGACACUGGGAUUGCGUGCGGUUCCUGCUCGAUGCUGGAGUUCCGGUCGAUGUUAUAUGUUCUGGUGACCGAACUGAAGAGAGAACGACAUUGCUUAUUCUGGUGAGAUACGGGCAAAGCCGCCUGCUGGACAAAGUGACAAAGGUCAAUCGUGCCAUUUUCGGACAGAUUGUGGACCACCCAUUGGCGCUAGCUCUGCGUCACGGUACAGCAUCGGGUCGCAUGAUUUGUUCCCUGCAGAGACUUGGUUUCGAUUGGCUGGACAGCUCGACGGUCAUGAACGUGGGGAUUUUGAAGCCUAACGAACCAGCUCUCACCACAGUGUGGCAAAAGUGGCAGGAAAGGCGUCUCAAGUUCCGGGCAGAAGCCGAAAGUGAUCACUUUGCGUUGGCGCUAGAUGUGUUAGACCGAUGGGCCGCGAUCGGAUUCGUCGAGGAGCCGACAACCGAUGACACUGCGCUGAUUUGUGCCGUGUACAAAAAUGUGCCCCAAAUCAUAAACGAUAUACUUGACCAUGCACGAACGGCACGAACGAUCGACGGUAUUGGCGUUCUGCGAUGUAUAGUUCUCGAGAUUGACUCCAAGGUCAUAAUGUCCGGAAAAAGAGGAAAGGGAGCGUUGGCGACCGAUUUGCAAGCCGCCGUUAGGACUAUGAUUGAGCGUAUGGAAGGCUGUACGGACCUGCUGGAAGCAAUGCAGUGGCACAAGUGCACGAUCGAUGCUGCCGGGGUCAGCGUAACCGUCUCGGUACUGGCAGCCAUAGGCCAAACGUUCGACCAGGUGCCGGGGCUUGCCUGCACUGAUCAAUUGAACGUUUCUGCGCCAUUGCACGAGAAUCUCCCGGUUCUGCAGUCAAUCACCAGCCGGUUCUUUAGCGAGUACCCCGUUGUGUACGCCACAUUUGCUACAUCUUCACCGAGCACUCGGCACUUCUGGCAGAUCGAGGACCUAAGCUGCCUAUUCGACAUUCUACCGCCAGGCGCUGCCAUCGAUCUGACGACCACCGUCAACUACGGCGAUAGCUCCGACGAAACACCGCUUCACAAGUGCUUCCCGGAUGGGAAGCUAUCGUUGGUGAAGCUGCUGGUGGAAAACGGAGCCAAUCCGUUGCUGGCUGACUCGAGCGGAAUGGCUGCCAUUCAUCUUUCGCUGCUCAACGCGGCCGAUAGCGCCAUCGGACGGUAUCUGUUCGACGAAAGCGUCGCGCGUGACCUACGCAACGCAAACGGUGCCUCGCUGGUGGACCUUGUGGACGGUGCCGGUGGCAAUAGAUUGCUCCACACGGCGGUCAUGACGGGUCGACGUGAUAUAGUUGAGCGCCUUUUCCACCUUCGUGUCGAUGCAACAGCGCUCAACAGUAUCGGAGUGUCGGCCGUGCAGAUAGCGGCUGGUUCGGCGGUCCACAAUUCGGAGAAGCUAGUUAAAAUGCUGCUCGAGUACGAUUCGUCCAUGAUCGAUACGCAAAACCCGAUGGGUUACACACUGCUGCACUAUGCGGCCAAGUUGAACUCGGUUCCAUUGCUUCGAGUACUGCUGGAGUAUAAACCGAAACUUACUGUCCGCCAUGAACUAACGCCGCUCGCGACGGCUAUCGUUUAUAGACAAGUGGAUUUCGCCCAACAUUUACUCCGCUACGCCAUCGAGAAUGGCAUCGCAGACGUAACCAGUGCGGACGACAAGGAUCUUGUCUUUCAUUCGUGUUUCUGCAACUGCUACGAGUUUUCCAAGGCGCUGCUGGAAUACGAAUUGGGUCACUCGUUGGAUUCGAUUGAAGCAGGUGAUCUACCACGGAUCGAUGCCAUCCUGAACGGAGUUCCUCCCGUAAACCCGAAAUUUCUCUUCUCCAGUUUGUGCAACUGUGCGGAUUGA